AGGGCAACCCUUGAAGAGGCAAUGCUGUGGUCUGAAUCUGUGGAUAAUUUGCUGUACCACAAAGCUGGUCAAGUUGCCUUCAGGAACUUCCUCAGGAGAGAAUUCAGUGAGGAGAACAUUGAGUUCUGGCUUGCCUGUGAGGCUUACAGGAAGAUCAAGUCUCCUACAAAGCUGGCUUCUAAGGCCAAGAAGAUUUACUCUGAAUUCAUAAAAGUUGAGGCUCCUAAAGAGAUUAACAUUGAUUUUACAACGCGAGAGAAUAUCACCAAAAGCAUAGAUGAGCCCACACAGUCCAGCUUUGAUGUGGCACAAAAAAUAAUUUACAGCCUGAUGGCAAAAGACUGCUACCCCAGAUUCCUGAGAUCAGACAGCUAUCUGGAACUGAUAAGCAAGAAGGAAAACAAUCAACAGAACUGA